UAUUAAAAGCUAAAGAUAGACGACUUGUGAUUGGUGUAGGCUAGUUUCUAAACCUCCCAUUAGCGUAAAACUUCCAUCGAAAUAAAAAUUAUGGGAGGGUAGCCAAGGGGUUAAUGUGUAAAGGACUGGAACAGCGGAUUGUUUGGAUGCUGCUCUGACUGCAAAUCACUAAACGUUCACUGAAUAACCACAAAGAUGAGCAAAAAGAUGAGCAGCGUCGAACCAGAGGUGGUGCAGAGUGACCAGCCACCGGGCUAUCAAGAACCAGGACCCCCGCAACCGGGCUAUCAACAACCAGGACCCUCGCAACCGGGGUACCAACAGCAACCAAUGCAGCCCCAGAUGAUGCAGCCCCAGAUGAUGCAGCCCCAGAUGAUGCAACCCCAGAUAAUGCAGCCGAUGACAACAGUGGUUAUCAACAAUCAGCCGACACAGCCAGAGAAUUCGCUUCGGGUUGGAACGCGUAAUGGAACACGUGACUGGACAUCUGGCCUCUGCGGUUGCUGCGAAGAUAUCGGCUCGUGUUGCAUGACGAUCUGGUGCAGUGGGGCGUCGACGUGUGCAUUAUCAAUUCGAGUUGGCGACGGUUUCUGCAUGCCCUUUUGUGUGCCGGACGCUUUGUUAGCCCUGAGGGUCCGUGUGAGGGGUCUUGGCGACGUAAAGUUGGUGGUGGCCGUGAGCAGGGAAGUGGAACGCGCCUUCAAGCAAGCCUUGGCUUGCGUGAUAUGUUAA